UUUCAAUUUCAUUCAUUUGAACGUUCAGCAUGGCAUUUCAAAAUUAGAUGUGUUAGAUUGUUUCAAAGGUGAAUCAUUAGAUUCAAGACAUACAUAAAUAUUCAGUACUAUAUGAUGAAAAAGAGAACAAAUUGCCGUGCAAGUUGCUCCUCUAAUUGUGAAAAAAAUCAUAUUUGUAGCAAAAGCAAAAACGGAAAUCCUCUUAAUCAUGGACCUGGUCCUUCAACUACCAAAUAUAAAAAAUCGGAAUCUAAGUGCGAAGCCUUCAAACCAAAAAUAUCCACUCCUAACAAGUGCAAGCAUUCACACGUUGGCAAGUCUGAAAAUGAUGGAGUCCCUUCACUCGAAGUUCUAUUGAAAAUGACACCUGAAGAAUUGAUGCGAUUAUGUAAAUGUACUCCUACUUGUGAUUGCAGGGUAUGCACUUGUAAAUUGAUCAAACACUCCGAUUUACUUCCAACAAAAAUGAAGAAAAGCAAGCAAAGAAAGAAAAAAGCACUUGAAAACAGAAAGACUAUUUAAAAGGUUCUAGAAGCUACAAUUCACAGAUCCGUGCAUGGAGUCUAGCUAUAUUAUCAAAACAUUUAUAUGUAAUCAAUAUAAUAUCUAAAUCUGAUGUAUAGAAAUUCAAAUAAAUCCUCUUUCUUCGA